AUGCUCAAAAGACGCUUUGACGAAGAGAGUUUGGACUUUCCACAGCCUAAGCGCACACAUAUUAUCCUUUCUUCCGAUACCGUCUCUUUUAUUGUGCCAAAGUCGCUGACAUCCUUUUUUAGGGUAUCUCGCCGUUUCCAUGCUUUGGCUGGGGACUCGGAGUUAUGGAAAAGGAAAUACUAUUCCCGAUGGGUUGGGCCUCGAGCACGUCGUAUCGCAAACGUUCGGCGUAUCAAGGCUCUAGCCUCAAAAGCCGAGUACUCGCCCCAAGUUUCAAAAUGGUUGGGUCAUGCCCAUCUAGCUGAUGAGGGCAGAAUGACGAAUUGGAAGAAACAGUAUCGGCUUCGUCAUAAUUGGUCUAAGGGUACUUGCCGAGUCACUGAAGUUGAGUUUCCGCAGCCGGUACGACCACCGUUGCUAGCGGAGUUUUGUGCUGGCUUUAUUUUCACGGUAGACGCCGAAUUUGGCAUUAGGUGUCGACUUGCUAGCAACCCUAGCUCAUGUGUGGCAGGCCUGCCUCUGUCGGACUCUGGUUCCAAAACCUCAAUGAACCCAACAGCAUUGGCGGUAACCUGCUCUGUGCUGCAGAACAUGGUUCAGAUUGCGGUUGGAUUUGAGAAUGGUGAUUUUAGUGUAUAUGACAUGGAUAUCACAACUUCACGACUGAAAUUGCGCCUCUCUCACGCAGGCUCCGCCGACGGAGGCAUAAUUGCAAUGGCUUCCUCGAUUCCUUAUGUACUGAUGGUAUCACAGCAGAAGGUCUUAUCGCUCUAUGAGAUUGGAUCUUCAGCUGAAUUAGCGAACCCAGGCAAAUUAGAUGGGCCAAAUUCGAGCACGAUGGAGUCAGCGGCAGGCGUGCAUCUGGUUGUCUCUCUCAAGGCAGAUAGCAUUCUGUCCCCGAUAUCUUUAUCCAUUCGCGUUGCAGGCUUGGGGAUCAUUGCAUCGAUCGUGUACAGCUUCCUGCAUAUAGGCUGUGGCUGGUCGCUGGGUAUUCAAGAAUUGCAUUUCAAUGAGAACGGCCAACAGGUUAGGUCGCGACUAGCAACUACAGUUGACUCUCAAUAUGGUGCAAUUCUUCUGCCGAAACGAGGACACGGGCCCGCUCCCUUUACUGAAUCGAUGGGUGAUGAGCUUUAUGAGAGAUCAGCAGAGCCUUCGAUAUCACAUCACGAACCACCGACGUCAAUAUCCUAUUCUCAUCCUUAUCUCUUAACCUCUCAUGCAGACAAUACCUUGACCGUUUAUCUUGUGGUUUCCACAGGCGCUAGGCUCUAUGUUCACGGAGGUCAGAGACUAUGGGGCCAUACAUCGUCAGUUUCUGCCGUCCAAGUGAGUGACCGUGGAAAAGCAAUAUCUGUUAGCUCUCAUGGUGGUGAAAUCCGGGUAUGGGAACUCGAAACACUGAUCAUGUCAAUUGGAUCUUCGAGGGCAUUAUUGGCAGAAAACAGUAUUCAGAUUAGUCCCGAAAACAAGCCAUGGAGAAAACACCGAAGAUUCAGUCCAUCGAAAAAUAUUCCCUCUUGUGGCCUUGAUCAAUCUCGGGUAUCCUCUGCAGAAAUGUCUCAAGGACUCGGGCGAAUGCGAGGCUGCAUUGGCUUUGAUGAUGAGCGCGUACUGUUACUUUGGGAGAAGGAUGUCGGGACGCAACUAUUAGAGCUCUAUGAUUUUACAUGA